AUGGAAUUCAUCAGAGCUCUCAAGAAACGUAAAGCCAAUCCUCCAGAUGAAGGAUUGUCCACAGAAGAAAACUCUUCCACUGGUUCCUUCUUUUAUAAUCUCUUUUUUGGCUCUCCAUCCAAAUCCAACAAAUCUUGUCAUCACACACCUUCCAAAAAACGAACACAAGAUGGUUACUAUCACUCUUCCUCCGAUGAUGAUGAUGAUGACGACGAUGAUGAAAAUAAGGAAAAUCAAAAUUCCAACACUUCGACCACUAAAAAGAAGAAGAAACGAACCACCUCCAAAUAUCCACACUUGAAAAAACAACAAGAUGAAAUCAAAAAGAUGAAAGAUUCCAUUCAAUCGUUGGGUUCUUCUUCUUCUGGUGUUGAUCGAGAUCAAGCUUGUCUUCGAAUGACUCCAAAACAGGAAUUCCACUCCACGUGUGCACAACCGAAUUCCACUCCACAAUCGAGAGGAAAGAAAAAAUCCUUAUUAGGUCAUUUGUUGUCUUUUACCAGUUCAGCUAAUGAAUCUCCUCGAGGAGAAGCAACCGCUAGUUAUUCUUUACCAACCAUCACCUCUCCCAACAACAACACCACCACCACCACUACUGGAAAUCAUUCUUCCAUUUACAAUGUGAAAAUUUCAGAAAUGACCAAACAAGAUUUGGAUCGAAUGAAAGGUAUCUAUCGAUCUCCACUCUAUACCAAUACACCACCAAAAAAGAGUGACGUCUUGUCUCCAAACUUGUUGUCUCCAACAUGUUACAAUUCUCUCCAACAACAACAACAAUUGAUCCAUGAUCCUUUCAUCUCUCCAACUCAUGUUUCACUUCAACAACUACAACAGAAAAGACAAUCCACUUCCUUUAAGGAUCAUGGUUUCUAUCAAGAUGGCAAUUAUUCUUCUUCUUCUUCUUCUUCUUGUAGUAGUAGUAGUUGUACUCACACAACGACGACGACUCCUCGAUCCAGUAUGGAAAGUAUUUUGAGUGGCAACCAUCAUUUACACACCCACCAUCAACCACAACCACAUGAACAACCACAACCACAACAACAAACACUCUCACGUGAGCAAUCAUCGAGUUCUGGAUUCUCCACUCAUAGUGCACUUUCUCAAUCUUCCUCCAUAUCCUCCUCAUGUAACCCUUCCACCACUCUUCCUCAUGGUUCUUCUUCAACAAGACCUUUAUCCAUUCAUCAUCAUGAUGGAAAUUCUUUCAUGAGAGUGAUGCAAGAAACUCUCGUACCUCAAUACAAUUAUGUCUUUAAUUUCAUUCUCUUUCGAGGUUCGAACAUUAAAAAUAGUGGAAAUGGAUUUAAAGAUCAUUCCAAUGUGUAUGCAGUAGUGGAGGUUGGAUCUCACAAAAAGACUUCAAGUGUCGUUCAGAAUUCAUCCAAUCCUGUUUGGAAUGAACAAUUUCAAUUAAUGUUCCAAAGUCCAAUUGAUCCAUUCUCUCCAAAUGUUGAACAAUCAAAUUCAAGAGACAUGACAACUGGUCGUCCCAUGGUUGUGAGUAUUCGAUUGUAUGAUCAUGAUGAGAUUUUUGAACACGAGUUUUUAGGAAAGGUUGAAAUUCCAUUGAAUGAUUUAAUUUUACAAUGUGGACAGGAUACGGGAAAGUUGAAUGGCAAUGGACAAUUAAUAAUGAAACGAUCACCAACCAUUAAGGAUGUUGUGAAAUUACAAAAUGUGGAGUGUGGACAUAUUGAAAUUCAAUAUCGUGUGGAACAUCAUGUCAAAAAGUCACAAAAUGUAGCUACUGUCGUGAAAUAUAACUUCUUUUAA